AUGCAUUCAACCAGGAUUAGACAUUCUUUCUUUGAGAAUAUUGACUCAUUAGUAGAUGGCAAUGAAGCCCAGUUAUGUCUUUUGGCUCAAAUUACGACUGACAUAUUAGAAGCUGCCGGAGUUUUGCAUGGUACUCUUAAAGGAUGUUCUAUCACUCACAUUAAGCAAGCGAUGGAACAAACUGAAAAUAUUCCACUUCUCAGAGAAAAGUUGAAAACGUUGUUUUCUGAUCGUUAUGAAAAUGUUACGUUGAUUUUGGAUAAGGAUGGACCACAAUGGUCUCCAACAAGAAGGUUCAAGUUUCGUGUGUGGAAAAAUAACAGAGAUCAAUUUGAUGGGACGGAUGAUAUUGAUUCUGUUUUUGGAGAGGAAUAUAGAGCUUAUUUCGAAAAGGUAUCAGCUCUGAAAAAGUUUGAAUAG